AUUUUUAAAUGGGGAAAAUGUAUAAAUGUCGGCAGUGCACAGUGUUUGCACCAGAUGUAGUCCCAUUUGAGCUUCUUGGUCCAUUUGGCACCUUCUCCAAAAACCUUGCGUAUAACCAUCAUGAUCUACUGUACAAAGGGUGGUGGUUGACCUGUGCUAUUCAUCUUUGUGAGGCCCUGGUUGCACUGAAGUUGUGCAGCAACAAAGGCAUCAAGGACAAGACCACUCAGUGCCUGUGGUUUAUCCAGACCUUUCUGUUCGGCUUCGCCUCCCUCCGCCUGCUAAUUAAGUAUGACCCAGAGCGUUCCAAGCAGGACUGACCUUACCAGGAGAAGCCUACAGAACAACACAUCUGAGUCUAGAGACCCCUUCUUGGGGCCUCAACUUCUUCCACUGUUCACUUUGAUUAUAAGAUCCUGCUGGAGAGCAUGAAAUGGAGCAAUACUCUUGAGCCAUUUCUUUAAUUGUGUUUCUUUUAAUAUAAUUCUGAAGACAUAUCUUUGAUAGAAACGCUAGAAAUUUUCUUACAUAGUUUACAAGAUCUUUAAUUCCUGUAAUAGAUCUGUUUCAUUCCAUAUUUUCUAGAGCUGAGGGAGUACGGUGCUACCUUCAGAAAUAAUAUAUUUUAAAGUUUGUCUUGAUGCUGAUGACUAGGGAUAAGGGUUAUUUAAAUAUGAAUGUUCUCUUGAUGAAUUUGAGUGCAGUACAUAGAACAAAAUUUAGAACAGAUUACCUAAAGGUGUUUACAUUCAGCCUACAUGGUGCAGUAGGGGGGUUUUUGGGGGGUUUUCCCUUUUUUCUCAGCUGCUUGGAUGAACUGACAGGUUUGCUACAGAUGGUAUUUUGCCAUCAUCCUCAAAAGUGCUCUUGGAUUAAAUAAAGAGGGGAGCUGCUGUCAAAUUUGCCUUUCUCAGAUUAAAGUGCUGUGAUUCAUAGUCUUAAUGUUGACACUACAAAAUAAAGGAUGAGUGAACUGAAUCCACUGUGGG